AUGGUCUUGUACACCGCGGUGGGACCGCUGGGGUCGACCGCUGGAUGGAAUGGACUUGAUCUGAGGACGGCAACAGGUGGGACCACUGCUCUAGCUGCCACAGCAGCAGGUGGGACCACUGCUCUAGCUGCCACAGCAACAGGUGGCACCACUGCUCUAGCUGCCACAGCAACAGGUGGCACCACUGCUCUAGCUGCCACAGCAACAGGUGGCACCACUGCUCUAGCUGCCACAGCAACAGGUGGCACCACUGCUCUAGCUGCCACAGCAACAGGUGGCACCACUGCUCUAGCUGCCACAGCAACAGGUGGCACCACUGCUCUAGCUGCCACAGCAGCAGGUGGGACCACUGCUCUAGCUGCCACAGCAACAGGUGGGACCACUGCUCUAGCUGCCACAGCAACAGGUGGCACCACUGCUCUAGCUGCCACAGCAGCAGGUGGGACCACUGCUCUAGCUGCCACAGCAGCAGGUGGGACCACUGCUCUAGCUGCCACAGCAACAGGUGGCACCACUGCUCUAGCUGCCACAGCAACAGGUGGGACCACUGCUCUAGCUGCCACAGCAACAGGUGGGACCACUGCUCUAGCUGCCACAGCAACAGGUGGCACCACUGCUCUAGCUGCCACAGCAACAGGUGGCACCACUGCUCUAGCUGCUACAGCAGCAGGUGGCACCACUGCUCUAGCUGCUACAGCAACAGGUGGCACCACUGCUCUAGCUGCCACAGCAACAGGUGGGACCACUGCUCUAGCUGCCACAGCAACAGGUGGGACCACUGCUCUAGCUGCCACAGCAACAGGUGGGACCACUGCUCUAGCUGCCACAGCAACAGGUGGCACCACUGCUCUAGCUGCCACAGCAACAGGUGGCACCACUGCUCUAGCUGCCACAGCAGCAGGUGGCACCACUGCUCUAGCUGCCACUCUCGCUACAUACACCUAUGACACAAGCGAACAUCUUACAGUGACUUACUUACACAGAGUGAGAGGUGUAGCCGGGUACCUUCUUGGUCACGUCGACACGCUCACUGAAGUACUGAAGACGAUGACGGUGUUGGAGAGGACGAGGGAGGAGGAGGAGGAGGAGGCAGAAGAUCAGUAG